GCGCGGGGCGGGGUUUGUGGGGCAAGAUGGCGGCCGCGCGGGCUCCGUCCCUAACGGCAUUGGUGCUGAGAGCGCUCGUUCCCUGGCGGAGGGGCAGGGUCCUCGAGGCGUCAGCGGAGCGGCAGGCGCGUCGGGGAGCGUCGUCCUCCAGUCCCGAGGCUGGCGAGGGGCAGAUCCGCCUCACGGACAGCUGCGUCCAGAGGCUUCUGGAAAUCACCGAAGGGUCAGAGUUCCUCCGGCUGCAGGUGGAGGGAGGUGGAUGCUCCGGGUUCCAGUACAAAUUUUCCCUGGAUACCGUUAUCCACCCGGACGACAGGGUAUUUGAACAGGGUGGGGCGAGAGUGGUGGUUGACUCUGAUAGCCUGGCCUUCGUGAAAGGCGCCCAGGUGGACUUCAGCCGAGAGCUGAUCCGAAGCUCGUUCCAGGUGUUGAACAAUCCUCAAGCGCAACAAGGCUGCUCCUGUGGGUCAUCCUUCUCUAUCAAACUCUGACAAGAUGACAGGGCACCCUGAGAUUGUCAGCCGCUGCACUAAGCUGAGAAACCCAGGGUUAGUAGAAUUCUAGAAGUUUCUAAUCAUAUCCUUCUCUCAGUGUUAUUUUCCUUAAUUUAAGAGUGUGUGAAGCUUUCACACUUGGCCAGAAUCACCUUCCUCCAUCUGCCCUCCAUAUGAUGCUAAGGCCAAGCUUCCAAAUGUUGUUACCUCGGGUUUAAUUACUGGUUGAAACCCAAUACAGUCAGGCGUGGUGGCACACACUUGUAAUCCUAACACUUGGGAGGCUGAGGCAGGAAGAUUGUUGCUAGUUCAAGGC